AUGUCAAGAUUAUUUUUAGCAAUCAAUUCAACAUGGAAAUUGGUGCCAAAUGAUAGUAUUGGUAUUGCACUUUAUUCAUUUAAUGGUAUGGAUGCCCAUCAAAUAUCGUUUUCAGUUGGCGAUGUAUUGCAAAUUGAAGAGGAGUCUACAAAUUGGUACAGAGGCAAGGUUUUAACAAGUGAUCAAAGAGGUAUAUUCCCAAAAUCAUAUGUAGCACUAAAGACUGCACAGGAUUUUGAUUUAGUAACCAAUGAAUUAACACAAGUAAUCAGAGAAUGGGGAGCUUUGCUCAUGAAGUAUUAUAAAGAAAGAAAAAUGAAUGAAUAUAAGGUUAUGAAGGAAUAUUUAUCACUAUUAAUCGAGUGGCAUUCAAAGAUUGCUAACCAUUCAACUGAGGCCCAAGAAGUUCGCGAGAUCAAGGGCAAAGUUAUUAAUAAAAUCGAACAGGGUAGAAGAUUAAUGGGUCUAGAUAUGAUAGUUAGAACACCAAAUAGCGAGCCUGCUCACGAAAAAAAUACUGGUAUCAUUCAGUUAUACAGAAUGCACCACGAAUUGGAUACUUUAAAAUACUCGAAAUUUAUUCAGCAACAGCAAUCUUCAUCUUCGACUCUACAGCAAUCUCAAUCAUUAGUUACAUCCCCAUCGAAUCAAUCUUUAGCCUCAUCGACAUCAUCUAUACCAAAUCAAAUCUUUUUGGACCUCAGAGUUUUUAUGUGUGCUGUAGGUGAAGAGACAGAACUAUACUUUUCCCUCUAUAAUAAAAAUGAGGGUAAAUUUAUAACUGAAGAGUUCCAGGUUGGAUUAACUAAUUUAGGUAUGCCACACGACAUUGAAAAGAUUGGUAAACUCUCGACAUUGUUUACGGAUAUAUCAAAAAAAGAAUUACAAACAGAGUUGUAUUUGGUUGUUAGAUUAAUUAGAAAAGGUAAAAUGUUGGCAGAUUCUAAUAAGAAAGCAGGUAUCAUUCAUUAUCGUCGUCCAUUUGGUGUCUCUGUAUUAAGAUUGACUGACGACAAACUCACAGCUGGUAAAGAAAUAGAAAGUAUAAUGACUAUCUACACCAGUACACAAGAAACAUCAUUUUCAUUACUUCACGAAGUAGCCAUCAAAAACCCAUCAUCCCUUCAAACUGUGCCAAAGGCUAAGGGUAUUUGUGUUGCUUUAACUCUUUUACCAGGUGACCUUAAAAGUGUUUUACGUGAGAAUCCAGAAUUGGUAGUUCAAAAAACCAAUAGAUUGGGUUUCCCAGAGGUAAUCUUCCCAGGUGCUAUAAGAAAUGAUAUUUUCAUAACUCUAGAAAGUGGUGAAUACUCUCAAGAUCGUAAAACCAGUGCUAAAAAUGUUGAGGUUUUAGUUCAAGUUCGUAAUGAAGAGGGUGAACUACUUAGCAACGCUUUAUAUUAUGGUGAUAAGUUAAGGUCCGAAUUUAAAUCAAUGGUUUACUACCACACAAAUCAACCACAUUGGUCAGAAACCUUUAGAGUUAAUUUACCAGUUUUUUUAAUUGAUAAGGCAUAUUUAGUUUUUUCAAUCAGACAUUGUACAACAUCCGAAAAUAAAGAAAGAGUACCAUUUGCAAUGACUUAUUUGAAGCUUACAAAUCCAGAUGGCACAGUAAUUGCAAAUAAAACCCAUUCAAUUCCAUCAUAUAAAACCAGUAAAAGUAUUGAAGAGUUUUUACCAUCAUUAAAAGAUCCAAACAAUAAGAAUGCUUUACGUAAAGGUGAAAAUACUAAAGUUAAGGUUCUAUUAUGUUCAACUUUAUUAACACAAAAUUUAUCACUCUUGACAUUAUUAAAAUGGGAUCAAUAUAGUGGUGACUUGGGUGAAGUUUUAAAUAGAUUUACUUUUGUUGAUCAAAUAGAAAUUAUUAAAUUUAUGCAAGAAACUUUUAAUGCACUGUUUGCAAUUUUAGAGGCUAAAAAGAUAUCGGAUUUAGAUUUGGUGUUUAAUGCAAUUACAUGGAUCAUUGGUUUAUUGGUAGAUGAAAAGACUUCGAGAUACACUAAUUUUAAACCAGUAUUAGAUGAGUAUAUCGAAAAUCAUUUCAAAUCAACACUUUCACAUAUUCAUUUAAUUGGUUGUCUUAAAAGAAUUUUAACAAAUGACAACUUUAAAACUUUAAUGUCAACAUUAAAAUCAAUAGAAUACAUUUUGAAGUUCAUCGUCACAUCAAAAAAAAAUCACGAUAAGAUCAAUCCACACCAAAAUAUUUCUUUUAAAGAAGAUUUAACCAGUGUUUUCAACUCUUUAAGUACUUUAAUGAAAAGAACCGAGGGUAAUUAUAUUGGUGCACAGACUACCGCUUUAAAGAUUUUCAAUUCAAUGUUUAAUGAUUUGGGUCAAUUGUUUUCAAUCGAAGAAAGAGGUACCAUUGCAAGAAAUUUCGUUGAUAGUGUCCGUUAUGAUGAAAGCUAUAAACUUUUAAAUAUGGAAAAGAUGAACGUAAUUCUUAAUCUUGUCGAAGGUGAUUUAUUUGCCGAUAGUAGUUCAAGAAAACUUUUAAUUCCAAUGGUAAAGAGACACUUGAAGCUUCAUAUGUCAUCAUCUAGCUGCUCCGUUGAAGAUACAAAGAAAUAUGCCGAAAUUAUAUCAGCCAUCAUUGAACAAAUUCAAGUUAAAAUCAAGGAUUUAACUUUAAUUUGGGAGAUCGUCGAUCUUUUACCAGAAAUUAUGAAGUCUAUUCAAUCAUCGCCAUGGAACGAGUUUUCAAAACUCGACAUGAUUCAUAACCUUUAUUCUAUCUUUUAUCUAAUGGAGCCACAUCACUAUGACGAAUACAUCGAAAAAACUCUUGGUGAAGAAAAUUGUUGGAACUUUAUUUUAAAUGUCUUAACAUUAUUAAAUCAAUUAUUAUCUACCAAUUCGACCUAUCCAGAGAACUGGCUCACUCUAUCAAUGUUCCAAUAUAGUAUCGUAAAGAGAGUCGUUAUUCAAAUAAGCAAAUAUUUAUCAAACAAAACAAAAGGAGGCAAAGAAUGGGUAUCAUUGGAUUUAAAUUUAUGGUCCACUUAUUUCUCUUUAGCCAACACCUAUUUCAAAUUGAAAGGUUUAGCUUUAGAGAACUUUUCAGAGGCAAAGCAAAAUACAAUUAAAUCUCGUUAUGGUGAUAUGAGAAAUGAUUUAAUUUCAACAAUUGAAAAAAUGUGGCAAUCAUUAGAUAGACACCAAAUCAAAUUACUCCCAACUGUAAUUUCACCAUUCCUCGAGUUAAUGUUAAUUAACCAAAAUAACCUCAAACAACUGGGUAUCGAAUUAUAUUAUCAAUUAUUAAAAUGUGAAUUCAAAGAGUACAAAUCAUUUAAAAAAGUCGAAACCGAAACUAUUAAUACUCUUGAUAUCAUUACAAACUCACCAGAGGGUUCAGAGAUUCUAGAUGAAAAGUUCCGUAAAUUCUUUUCGCACAAUUUAGAAGAAAAAAUGGCUUCGGAUCAGCUCAUCAAGGAUCAAAGUAAAGUAUUUAUCAGUGAUAUGACAAUCUUUUUAGAGUUACUCUAUCAACUUAGAACUUUACCAGACCGUCCAGAGUAUGAAGAUGACCGUUGUAUUGCCGCUAUGAAGUUGAUGAGCUAUUUGAAACAAACAGAUCGUCAAGACACCUAUACUAAAUAUGUACAUUUAUUAUGUACCCAGCAUAUUUCAAAUGGUAAUUUCGUCGAAGCUGGUCACACAUUAUUGCUUCAUGCUGAUCUUUUAGGUUGGUCCGACGAUGUAUUGGAAGAGUAUGGUGACUUUAAACAACAAACUCAAAGAGAACGUAAAGAAAAGCUAUUCAAACAAGCCAUCGAAUACUUUGAUAAAGGUAAGGCUUGGGAAAAAGCAAUUUCAUUAAUGAAGCAAUUAAUCAUUCAGUAUGAAGAGGUUCAAUUCGAUUAUCAAAAGUUGGCAGACAUCCUCCAACAAGAGUCCACCUUUUAUCGUAAGAUUAUUGGUGUCGAAAGAUUUUUCUCAGAAUACUUUAGGGUUGGUUACUAUGGUAAAGGUUUUGAUCCAUCGAUCCAAGGUAAAGAAUUUAUUUACAAAGGUUAUGAAUUGGAAAGAAUGUCAGAUUUCGUUCAACGUAUUCAAACCAAAUUCCCAAAUGCUAAGCUUUUAACAUACACCGAAACUCCACCAAUCGAAAUUUUAGAUUCGAAUCAACAAUUUUUACAAAUUUACAAUGUUAAACCAAUUUCCAAAGAACAAUCAUUACAAUUAAAUGCAAGCAAUAAUACUGCAAUAGUUAAUAAUAAUAGUAUGGGUUCAAAUAAGAAAUCAAUUUCACCAGCUUUACAAAAAUAUAGAUUAAACAAUAAUAUCAAUACUUUUGUUUAUUCUAAACCAUUCAAGAAAACAAAAACACCAAAGGGUGGUAAUGAAUUUAAAGACCUUUGGAUUCAAAAUAAUUAUUUUACCUCACAAGACUCAUUCCCAACAACUCAUAGAAGAUCAGAAAUUACUAAUCAUUUUGAAAUCGAAUUAUCACCAAUUGAUAAUGCCCUCAAUUCAAUCAUUGGAAAGAAUUCAGAAAUUGCAGAAAUGACCAAUAAAUAUGAAAGUGGUAUUGAUCCAAAUAUUUCACCAUUCACUAUGGUUCUUAAAGGUGUAAUUGAUGCUGCUGUUAAUGGUGGUGUUGGUCUCUACAAAGAGGUUUUCUUCUCUCAACAAUAUCUAGAUGAAAACCCAGAUAAAAAACAAACUAUUGAAAAACUUAGAGCAGCUUUAAAUCAUCAAGUUCAGGUUUUAGAAAGAGGUCUUUUAGUUCAUUCUAAGGUUUGUUCAAAUGAAAUGGCAGGUCUUCAAUCAAAUUUAGAAUUAUUGUUCAACAAGAUGAGAGCCGAAUUAGAAUUAUAA